AUGCAAGCGUUCACAUUAAUUGGAUGGUGGUUUCUACUGCUGCCUUCUGUUUGGACUCAGUCGAUACCGCCAUCAGGUUUCAUUUCACUGGGAAGCUUUUGGCUAAUGUGGGGACAAAAUAGCAUAGCGGUCAUCUCAGUAACGCAGUCGGAGCAGUCAUCGGCUCUACCCAAUACUUUGAGUGGGCCCCUUGACAGCCAGCUCUCUACUCCAAAGGUUACGCUCACUGCCACCAGCACUACCGGGACAGCCACGGCGGCUGCGACGACAGCUAGCAAAGCCGCGACAUCUUCAGAGACUACAAACCCCCCCGGAUCGGUAGUGCCGUUUCCACCCCCGGCCAGUGCACGCCCGUUGAUCUCAACAACUGGAGGGGUUCCAUGCUCGGGAGGAAGUGGUAACGGAUUUACUGGCUCUGGCUCUGGCACUGCCACGCUCUCUGGAACAGGUAUGAACAUGAACACGGUGAUGGCUACGGGCAUAGGAACUGGCACUGGUGGGACGAACUGGUCGAACGGCACUUUUCGCUGGACCGCGCCAAUAUUGCAAUCUCCCGCGGUAUAUGAUUCGGCCGCUACCAGCAGAGGUGUCAGUUUUGUUUGGGUUACCUUGGUGACGGGCAUAUGGAUUCUAUCACUAAAAUCGUAG